AUGUUAGCUGCAACUGGCAUAGGAGCCGCAACAGCAACGCUGCUCGUCAGGUCCGGGGCAAACGUAUUCUUUGGCGACAUCGCCACGCAACAAGCUGAGGCACUGGUCUCGUCGCUCUCGAAGGAGUCGUCACAUCAGGGAAGCAUUUCCUUCCAGCACUGUGAUGUCACCAAGUAUGAAGACCUGUACAGCCUCUUCAAGUCCGCCCAUGACAAGCUUGGCCAGGUGCACCAUGCAGUCUCUAGCGCUGGAAUCUUCGAGCAAGGGUCCUGGUUCGAUCCUUCCUUGACGAUUGAAUCAGUCGGCCAGGGACCCGCUACGACGGCGGUGUUGGACGUGAACGUUCUCGGAAGUGCGAAUUUUGCGCGCAUUGGCGUCGUGUUUCUUCGCCAUGGGGUCAGCGCGGGGGAGAACCGCAGUUUGACCCUAGUGUCGAGUGUGAAUGCAUUCCGUGAAAGUCCUGGUCUGUAUAUGUAUCAGACAUCGAAACAUGCAAUCCAGGGCUUGAUGCGCUCAAUGCGAAAAAUCGUCUACGAAAGAGACGGAAUCAGAGUCAAUUGCGUCUGCCCAGGAGUCACCGACACACCCAUGAUCGUUGGCAUAGCGGAAAAGUUUAGAGAUGCAGGGCUAUACUGCCAGUCCCCGGAUUCCGUGGGACGUAUCAUUCUUGGUCUUCAAUGUGCUGACAAGAUGAACGGCAAAGCGAUCUAUAUUGAAGGUGGUGAUGGUUGGGAGUUUGAAGACAGCUUCUAUGCUGAGCAGCCGAGGUGGCUCGGCGAAGAACCAACCAGGCGAAUGAGAGUCAAUGCUGAAGCCGUCCAGAAGGUUGGUUGA